AUGCCGAGUCCCCGGAGGGCCGCGGAGGGCCGCCCGCUGGGCGCGGCGCUGGCGGGCGGCGGCGGCGGCGGCGGGGGCGUCCCCGGCAGCCCGGCCCGCGGCGGCGGCCGGUUCGAGUUCCAGGCCCUGCUGGGCGGCCGCGUCCCCGGCGGGGACCCCGGCUGCGCCCGGCCGCGCCCGGCCGAGAGCCCCGCGCGCCGCCGCCGCGGCUCCUUCCCCGCGGCCAGCCCCGGCCCCGGCCCCGCGCCCGCGCCCGCCGCGCCCGCGCCCGCCGGGGACCGCCGCGCCCCGCACCCGCGCCCGUCCUGCCUGGACAUCGCCCUGCGCGCGCUGCUGGCCGUGGACCUGGGGCUCUCCAAGCGGCUGGGCGUGUGCGCCGCCGAGGGCUCGGCCUGGGGCAGCGCCCGGCCCCUGAUGAAGCUGCUGGAGGUCUCGGGCCACGGCGUGCCCUGGCUGCUGGGCACCGGCUACUGCCUGGCCCGGAGCCGCAGCUCGGCCGGCCGCGAGGUGCUCACCAACCUGCUCUUCGCCCUGCUGCUGGACCUGCUGCUGGUGGGCCUGCUCAAGGCGCUGGUCCGCCGCCGCCGGCCCGCCCACAACCAGAUGGACAUGUUCCUGGCCGUCUCCGUGGACAAGUUCUCCUUCCCCUCGGGCCACGCCACCCGGGCCGCCCUGGUGGCCCGCUUCGUCCUGAACCACCUGGUGCUGGCCGUCCCGCUGCGGGUGCUGGUGGUGCUCUGGGCGCUCGUCCUGGGCCUCUCCAGGGUCAUGCUGGGCCGGCACAACGUCAGCGACGUGGCCUUCGGCUUCUUGCUGGGCUACAUGACCUACAGCAUCGUGGACCACUGCUGGCUCUCGCCGCAGAAUGCUGCGGUCCUCUUCGCCUUCUGGAGCCAGGAGUGACCCGGCUCCUUCCGGAUGGCCCCGGGGGGUGAUGCUGGCACGAACCAGCAUCCUUCUAGCUCGCCUCUCUCUCUCUCUUAAGACAUUCCAAGCCCAGUUUGGAUUGGGAUUGGGGGUGUCAGACCUCCUUGGGAAAAAAGAACCUUUAUUGUAUGCCAUUGAUAUUCUUUGUCUAUCUCCAUGAGACUGCAACGAAGGGUUUUUAAUAGUUGACAUCAGUAAAAAAAAAAAAAAAAAAAACCCUUUACUGUAUCCCAUUGAUAUUCUUUGACGGUCUAUCUCCAUGAGACUGCAACGAAGCCAAGCUGGGGUGAUUACAACCUUGAUGGUUUUUAAUAGUUGACAUCAGUUAAAAAAAAAAAAAAGCCUUUAUUGUAUCCCAUUGAUAUUCUUUGACUGUCUGUCUCCAUGAGACUGCAACGAAGCCAAGCUGGGGUGAUUACAACCUUGAUGGUUUUUAAUAGUUGACAUCAGUAAAAUCUGUGUGGUGGUAACCCCAUCCGCAUAUCGCUUGUAAUUUAAACUUUGAGAAAACAUUAAGUAUACAUGCAGAUGAACCACUUAUCAAUCCUACUCUUUUUCCUGAAGUACAUUUAAACAAUAUUUUAAGCGGCUAAGGCAAAUGUUUCUCUGGUGUAUUCCCUGAAGACUUGUUGCUACGUUUGGGCAGAUUUCUUCUUAAUCCCGGUUUUCUUGGUAAGCUUACGCACUUUAUUGUCUUUCCCGUCUUUGCAGAUUGGGUAGUAAGAACAGAGAUGAUAGUAUAUGCUUUUCUUUCCUUACUUCUUCAAAAGAAGUAUUUAAAAUACUUAUUUCCCAUUUCUUUCUACUACACACUUUCAGAGUUCAGAAACCCAAGUCAAGAACUUAAAGAAGCACUUAAAGACCGGGCUUAUCUACAGAGGAAAGGAUGGGACUGUGGCCUCAUGUCUAAUUCUGGUAACUAAUAGUUGGCUUGACACGACAGAAAAGCCAAGUCACUAGGGAAGUGAGAGAAAUGGAAAGCUUGAGAGUCAUAAAACUGAUCCCUUGUAUCAAUGGACCAGCAGAGAAGAAGGGGUCCCUAUUGUCUGUCAGAUCACUGCUGAAUAAAGAGUGCUUUCUCUUUGAUAUGGAAAAAUACCCUAGAUCUUUGCAGUGUCAGCUUUCUUAUGCAUUCCAAGAGGAUGCCGCUAUAUUUUAAUGGCUUCUCUUACAGAGUUCCAUUCCCCUAUAUAGAGCAAACUUAUAGUAACAGUACUUACGGUGUGCCUGCUGACACCUAGGUCCAAGAUAUAACUAGCUCAUAAACUUUUAUUUAAAGUCCCGUUACCUUUAAAUAAGCUAAUGGACCCUCUCCAAAUCAAGACGAAAGAUUACAAAUGCAGAGUAGAGGGACAUUAUUCUUUGAGCCAACACAGUGUACUGCUCACAAUUCUUUGAUGAGGGAACAACGAAAAGGGCAUAGGAUUUAAAUGCUGUUCUACCUGAAAAUAAGAACCUUUAAGUUACCUUUAGAACUGGUGUCUUCAGAUAUGUUAAUGACCAGUGAUUUUGUUUCUAAAUGUAGGAUUAUGAAUAUGGAGAAUGAUUAUCCUGAGGGUUCUUAAUGGGUGGAUGCAUGAAUUUUCUAUGGAUGAGAGGCACAUGGAAAGAGGAAUGGCUGUUCUACAAAAUAAAAUUAGUAAAAUUAAAUAAAAUGAGAUUAUUUAUUUAAUCCUGAACACAGACUACCUCUUCACUUACUGAUCACACCAAACUGUGACAUCUAUGCAGUUUAACCUUAGAGAGAUUCUUUAUUUUAAUUAGAACAAAUUCAGUCCAGGUAUUUGAAAGCAGUGGCAUUGCCUCAUGCAGGGUUGAAAAGUCUGAACAUUGGGGGCACUGGAAUUUCCUGUUUUAUCUGAUGCUGUCUGAGCUUCUUGACUUUUAAAUACCUUAAAGCACAGAUCAAUUUACCAAAUGUUUGGGGGACAUUCGAAAUACCAUAGAGUAGAAAAUUUAUUUUGCUGUAAAUUUCAUUGUGCAUUAAGGAAUGCCUUUGAAAAUCCAAAUAAAACUACCAGUGGUGUUGAAUAAAGUGAGUUGAUCGU